GUCCUAAACCUUACCAACGGGGACACCGAUGCCAACGAUGUCGACCCGCUCAAGAACAAAAUCAGUGUUGGCUGCAAAUAAUGGCAAGUCACAGUCGAGCAAGGAUAAUCAACCAAAAUCUAUCAGGACACGCGCGAGAUCCCUGAAGAGCGAGGACCAUAUGAGCGAGAUGGAAAAGGAGACAAAGAUUGGUCGUGGGAAGGCGAAGACGCCUAUCAAGGCAGCCCAGGACGCCCAGGACAGACAGCCGAAGGAUAAAUGUACUUUUUGUAUCUGCCACCAACCAGACGAUGGCACGCCCAUGGUGUCUUGCUCUGUCUGUGACGAGUGGUAUCAUUUUCGCUGUGUGAGGCUUGACGAAGUGGAGGCUUCUGAACUUCAGAUUUAUGUAUGUUCGACAUGCGCUGAAUUAACUGGUCGGCGUACAGUCAUGAAGUGGGAAGGACCUGAUGUAGAGGAAGAACUCAUCGACGUCGAGCAUGACGAAACCAAAACUGUUAGGCUCCCGACGCCCCCACCGGCUAUCCCCCCUUCUGAAUCGGAGGACAACACAGACAGCGAGGACGAAUACAUUGCGGAGCCGGAGAAGUUCAAGAGGAAAGGGUCAUCAUCUGCCAAGCGUCGUCGCAGAGUUUCCAGUUCCAGCGAGUCGGACACACAUUCCAAUGUCCGCGAAAGCGAUGCCCGAGAAUCUUCUCACAAGGUUGGCCCUUCUCUGGGAUCAUCGGCUAGGCAGGUUUCUCCCGCCCCAGGCUCUAGCCUCAAGCGGAAGGCGACGAGCGCCACCCAGCCUCCUGUUCCCAAACGCAGGAGAUCCAGCGAUGCUGCAGCUGAAGAGGAUCCAGCAAGAAAGUACUGUCUUGGAAAACUCCACCAGCUGUUUUGUUCGAUUUUUUUGAAGUACCCACAUGCUGCUGCGACGGAGGAUGGCAGUAAGGCCGAGCUCAAAGAGGGUGAAUUAAGUGAUGAAGAUAAGACGCGCUUAGAAGAAGAGGCGAAGGUGUUUGCUUCUGAGGUUGAGCAAUGCGUAUUUGAUAUGUACUGCGAACCGGACAAGCACGGCAAGCUCAGCGUUGGGCCGAAAUAUAAGGAGAGGUUCCGUAUGCUUGACUUUAACCUUAGCAAACCAGAUCGUGUGGUCAUUCACAAGCGCAUUAGCUCGUCCUCUAUCACACCAAAGGAACUUGCCCUCAUGAGCUCGACUGACUUAGCGAACGAAGAGACGAAACAGUCGAUCAAAAUACUGGAGAAAGAGUCUCUGGAACAUUCAAUCCUCCAGAAAUCAACUGUUCCUCGUGCAAAAAUUACUCAUAAGGGCCUGCAGGACAUUGAGGAUGUGAAUGGUGAUGUUGCGAUGCGCGAGCGCGAGCGUGAGAGGGAGCGUGAGAGGGAGGAGGAAGAGAGACGAGAGAGAGAGCGGCAGGCGCGCUUGAGGGCCGCCGAGGAGCAGCAGAAACAACGUGCAGCUGCAGCUGCUCGGGGAUCAGUACCACCUGAGUCGCCAGUCGUACCUCAUACGCCGAAUUGGGGUGGACAUCCGCCUGCGCCCAUGCAUCCAAUGCAUUCAGUCGACCAGUUUACGGCGGGCACUGACAGACCACAUGUGCAUCCUAUGUUCGCGUCUGAUUUCCAUAUGAUGCUCCCGGAGCCUGAGCUCGAUAUCGCGGAUCUCAUCAAUCUAGAUGAUGAGCCAGGCCCGCAAGAUUCAGGGGCAGAGGGGCUGGAGCUUCCAGCCUUGGAUAAUCCCCUGCUUGCUCCAGAAAGCGCACCUUCCGCAACCGCAGAGCCCACAUCUGUUGUAUCCCCAGAGCCAGCACCUGCUGAGGUAUCAGAGCCAGCACCUGUCACUGCCCCAGAUCCCGCACAUGUACCCUCCCAAUCUCCUGGCCCCCCUGCCACUCCGUCGGCCACAUCCACGCCCGCCCCCUCGCUUACGCCGAUGCCGGAGACACCUGCUCGCACAUCUUUCGACCUCAACACUUUAUGGUCAGCUCCGUCAGCAGUACCUCCUGAACCUACAUCAGAUCCCGUGCUUUCACGAGAGCCCCACAUGGAAGUGGAACUUGUCGCUGCAGAAGCUAACGAUGAAGAUUUCGAUAUGUUGCUAGAGAAGGAACACGAUUCAGAGUCCUCGCAGACGGAGCAGCCUUCUCAAGAUCCUGAAGCGGUUUUCAACGCUCUUCCUCUUGUUUGGAGUGGCAAGAUAUCUAUGCCUCUAGAAUCCUCAACUCUUCAAGAAGCACCUGUGGUUGCGCGGCAAGUCGGAGGGCGGAUUUUAGGUCACGAUUCUGAUUUGUGGAAGACCCUCUUCCCUUCCGAUAUUCUCCGCAUCGAUGGCCGAGUUCCGACAGAGAACUCUUCACAUUUCCUCCUCCAGAUGCGAAUGAAUUCGCAGAAGGAGCUCAUUGCAUGCGCAUUUUCCACAGUAGAGGAGAAUCCAAUGCUUCAGACGUUCAGCGAGUUUCUUCUCAAUAAAAACCGCCAUGGAUUGGUGUUUCCUUGGGGCAAUCGACCGAAGGACUACCACCCCGGCAAGGAAUUAUAUAUGGUCCCACUACUUGCAAGCCAUCCUUUGCCUGACUUCAUCGAGCUUAUGGAUAAUUUAUGCCUGCCCAAAACCCGCAAGUCGAAUUGUGUUAUCGGUAUUUGGGUCUUAACGAGAGGGAAACUCGCCACACUGCCGCCACCACCGCCUGUGCCACAACAUCUUGCUCAAGUCGUCCCGCCGCAGCCGCCUCACAUAUCCACCGCUGCCAAUCAUCUCGGCCAACCAGGCUCUUCCACAGCCCCUUCUGUAUCACAUGUGCCUGUGCCUGUGCCUCUACCUGUAUCCGCGACCAUCAAUGCGCCUCCACUCACUGCCCUACAGCAAGCUUAUCCUGAUCUUGCUAACACGUCUCUCGCAGCAGAGGUAGCUUCCCUCACACCGGAACAGAUCCAAAUCGUGUUAAGAACUCUAUCCGCGGAUUAUGGCAUGAGUGUUGGCAGCUAUCCCACUGUACCUACCGCACCAGCCGCCUCCAUAGUAUCCACACCACCUCAGCUAUGGAACAACAACACCCCGCCCAGUUUUCCAUCACAGCCAUUCGCUUCGGGGAGCGUUCCUCCUGUGAGCCAUCCACGGGCGGCCCCACCACCUCCAUCACCUGUCCGCCCUAAUCCCAUGCCACCACCAACGGGUCCUGCGCGUGGAUCUUUCAAUAAUGGGUCGUACAAUCGUCAAGAUCGGGAUCGAGAGUUGCGUCGUGGUCCAGUUCCCCAUCAUGACGGACCAGAUCGUGGAGGAUGGUCAAAUGGUACGCGUGGACGGGGUAGGGGCCGGGGACGAGGGAGAGGGGAUGCACCACAUCGCCCUCAGGAUUCAGGAUGGCAAAGGAGUCGGACUCGUAGCGGACCAGACUAUGAAGGACAUUCACCUCAACGAGGCCAAUGGGAUGGUCCGCCUCAUCCUAGGUGGUGAUGUUAGUUGGUGAUUAUCGCACUUUAAGUUAUUACUUUCGAUAUGGAUCGCCUCGAAUAAUAUUCCUCGUUUUGUACGUAUGUACUUGUCAAGCGGCUACUGGUUGUUGUAAACGGUGUUGCAGGAAUGAAGUUCAUUGCUGUGACUCACGCGAAACACUUCUGAGUUGUCGUUGCAAUGAGGCAGUCGGAAGAUGAGGUGAUGCGGCACCACCGUGGUCGUGGAUUGGUACAAGACAACAUAUAAGCCCAAUUUUCACUUCGUUGAAAUGGAUGCGCAUGAGGAGAGUCAGCUUCAAAAGUUGGCAGUUCAACUGGCCAAUUAAGGAGGCUCGGAGCAGCUUGUUCGAUUACCGUGACCGUUGAGCG